AUGAAUCGCCCCCCGAUGCACCGACCAACGGAUGGCCGUUUGGAACAACCGUUACUCAAGGAUGAUGAACGUCUCUCGAGAUCUAGCUUCGACAAUGGUGAUGCAGAAGGCCGGCCUAUGUUGCACCACACCCGUCGGCCUACCAUUCGGAGUCAAAACUCGGAACAUGAUGCCGCUCAAGCCACACGCAAAAAGUACAUGAUAGCUCUAGGCUUUUUGCUGCUGAGUUUGGCUAGUUUUGUUGUUCAAACCGAAACUGCUGUGUAUAUCCAGCAUGAAUUACAUUGGGAUAAACCGUAUUGCAUGCUCUAUAUUACCCACGGCUCUUGGAUCUUACUCUGGCCGUUCCAGCUGCUUAUUCUCCGAAUCCAAAAACGAAAGUUGUCAUGGGAAGCUUUCUGGCGCCGCCAUGUCUCCCUCCUCCGAAGUACCGCCCAAAUGGUAGAAACCCAAGAAGUCCACCUCUCGUCUCGUCACUCCAACCGGUCCCCGGUUCCAUACAUGCUGAAGACAACUGCUUUUGUCACCAGUGCCCUCACCAUCGCCGGCGGCUCUUGGUACGUAGCUGUCAAUAUGACCACGGCCAGUGAUUUGACCGCAAUUUACAACUGCUCGGCUUUCUUCGCAUACGCCUUCUCGAUCCCUCUUCUUAAAGAGAAGCUGCGAUUAGACAAGGUCCUUGCAGUGGGCGUUGCAAUCAUCGGCGUGCUUGUCGUGGCAUAUGGCGACCGGCCGGACAAAAAAGUUUCCAAGGGCGGAGCAACUAAAGAAGACGGUGAAGCGCAAAGCCGACUGUUGGGCAACAUCGUUAUUGGCAUCGGCAGUAUCCUCUAUGGCCUCUACGAGGUUUUGUAUAAACGGUUUGCCUGUCCUCCGGAAGGAACUAGCCCGGGGCGUGGCACCAUUUUCGCCAAUACCUUUGGCAGUUUGAUUGGUGCAUUCACUCUUUCUGUCUUAUGGAUUCCAAUCCCGAUCCUUCACUAUCUGGGUUGGGAGACAUUCCGGUUCCCCACCGGAGAGGCAGGACGUAUGCUCCUCGUCUCCAUCUGUGCCAAUGCUACAUUCUCCGGAUCUUUCCUUGUCCUGAUCUCUCUCACAUCUCCCGUCCUCUCCUCGGUUGCUGCGCUCCUGACUAUCUUCCUCGUCGCUAUCGUCGACUGGUUCCGCACCGGACAACCUCUCUCUGUUGCAGCCAUUAUUGGCGGCAUAUUCAUCAUGUUCGCGUUUUUCCUCUUGAGUUGGAGCACUUAUCGCGAACUCAGCGAGGAACGCAGAAAGCGUCUAGAGAAUGACGAUGUUGAGUCAGAAAGUGACGACUAG